AUGGCUUCUACAAUGUCUCUCGCCUCAGCCAACGACGGGUGGCUGCAGAGCAACGUGCGCGUGCUCGGAUCGUACGCAUCCACCAGCACACCCUCAUACGCCCUCUCGGCGCUGUUUGCGCUCUCGACACCGUUCGGCUUUGCCUCUCCCGCCCAAGCCGCCGCCGAAGCCGCGGCGAAACAGCAGCAUCAACAGCAAGUCGCCCGCGCUUCGGAAGCCGCCGCCUCUCGUGGCUCGUCGUCGCUCGUUGCGCGUCUUGUUGCGAAUGUGCAGUCGAAUCGCAGCGCAGCGAGCCAUGCACCCGUGCGCACGCUGCCGCCCUUCUGGCAGCUCGCCUUCUUCGCAGCAGCGUUCGGCACGGGAGGAUACAUGAUCGACCAGGGCGACCAUCUCAAUGGCAGCGGCGUAGUCACAGCGUGGUCGCUCACGUAUCUGCUCUUCAAAACUGUUCCUGUCGCAAGGCAGUUGCCGCGCAACCCACUGGCAAUGUCGCUGUCGGUUGCAGUGCUGACGCUAGGAUUGGGCGUGCAUGGAAGUCACUACUUUGAUCAGACCAGCUGGAAAGGGGCUGUGCCAUCGUUGGGUGCGCGGGUAGCAGAGACGGAUGGAGCAGUUAAGCGAGCGGUGGAAAAGAGACCGACGAGCAUCUUUGCCAGCACACAGCCAGUGCAGAGUCGAGGCGUGCUUCAAGACUCCAGCCUACCCAAGACUGGCCGUGGAAGCACGAAUAACGACCUGGCUCGAACAGCCGCUUUCCACUUCCGCCGUGGCGACGCACCUCCAGCCCACGCUAUCGAGCCAUGA